AUGGCUCUACCGGCAACUGAGAAAUUUUUCACCAUACGACGCAGUUCGAGGCUUCGGCAGAGAUUGAUAUCAUCUUCACGGCAUGUUGCACCAACAAAUGCGUCCUUAUCCAUUACAUCAACACCCACAGCAGGUGGUAUCCUACUCAAACUACCGCCCGAAAUUCGUGACAUGAUCUACGCUCUCCUCUUCUCUGCCGGCGAUCUUUCACUACUGCGCACCUGCCGGGGGAUCAAUACGGAAGCGCAGUCCAUGUUCUACCGAGCAGGCAUAUUCCGCCAAGAAGCUGGCUACUCUGCGGUAAAUCGACUUUACGACACAUCGUCACAGUUGCUGGCUCAGAACUUUGAGCUUCGAUGCAAUCUAGACUAUUACGUAGAAUUUACUACUAUCGAACCCGUUCUUAACUUCAGGCCUGCGUCGUAUUUCGUUCAUCGUGGCAUCUACCGAAACAAGUUGCUCAUCAAAUUGAACUUCGGCAUAGUGUCUUCCUUAUCAGAGAUCAAGAGCAAUAUCACGAAGGUCCUUGAGCGGCCGAAAAGCUUUGUCGGGUUCCGGGUUCUGGUGGUCGAGUUGAUGCCGCGGCUUAUGAUUUACGCCAACGAGGGCAGGAUCAGGCUGUUCGUGAAAAACAUACUGGAACCAAUUCUGGGUCCCGCAGUUGAACAUUAUGGGGACAAUGGUCCAUAUAUCAAAUUCCGUCCCUGGAGUGCUGUGGGCCGUCAACAUCAUAUCUUGGAGCCUGUGUCGAUAACGUACGAUGUACUGAACAGGCAGAGAUUUUACACGCGCUUUCAUGAAGUGGACCGUCCGGCUGAUGAAAGCGAGGAGGAACAUGGGGGCGGGGAAGAAAUUGGUCAAGGAGAAGCAGUGAGUGGCGAGAAGAUGGGAGUAGGACGUCGGCCUUGCAAAGACAGCGGACAAGAAGGGUGGAGCGAUUUUGUAGUCAUUAUCCGAGUUGCUGAUGGUAGCAGUGUCGGUAAGAACCCAAUACUUGCUCCAAUAGUUGGAAGGAACAUCCAAGUGCCGGACGACGACAGUUCCGAGUCAGACGACGACGGCCUAGAGCUGAAGAAUGAUUUAGGAGGUAGACUAGACGAAAGCUUCAUGAACAACGUCUUCAUUUCGUGGAGCCAGAAAAAUGUUGCAAUGGGCGGCAAGAGAAUCACUCUGAGUCAACGUGAUAAAGUAGAUGGCAUCGAAACAUUUGAUUUCCUCUACAUAAUCGGCGACCGUCUCACUAUUAUACUCUCCACCGCUACCUCGUAUCUCCUGGGGAACGCAACUAUCCAGCGGACAAGAGAAUGUAUAUGCAAGUUCGAGGGAUACUUGAUCUCGCCAAUGGCGGAGAGGUCAAAUGGUGUCAAGAGAGAUUCACGAAGGCUCAAAGGAUUUGACAUGGGAAAGAUGGAGAUAGAAGAAGCCUUGCAGGUGGACCAAGUUCGGCUUGCUUGCGGAUCACCUUUCCUUUCUGGCACCAACUCGAGUUUCUCGGCUGAGCUACAGAGGCUUGAAGAGGAUGAGUUGUCUGGCACAGAGGACACUGAACUACUAGGUAUCGAGAUAUACGAAGUGCCAAAUAUGGAUAGAGUUGAAUUACCAGAUACUGAGACUGAUGAACUCAUGGAAAGGAACGGACUAUCAUGGAUUGAAGCGUUGGUUGAAGAAGAGGAUAGAAUCCGCAGAUAG